ACAAUAUGUCUCCUCGUCUGGAGAAGCGAAAGUAGCCUUCUUUAUCCCGAGAAGUCGUUGCUCCAGUUCACGAUCGGCGCCUCGGUUCCAGUUUCCAUGAACAAAAGGGGUAGCGUGGUGUUCUCGUCGGCAUUCCAAUUCAAUUAUAAACUUCCGUCGAACUUGUCGGAGCUCGAGCCUACAAUAAUACCGGCCAGGCAGUCGAGGGGCUUGAAUCUGCAGGACACUUACGCGGCCAUCGAAAAUUUAUUGAAUCGAUACGGUUGGCAAGACGGCAGGGAGUGUCUUUUAAGGACCAUUUGCCAGCUAGCGGAGACACCAUUUGGCAGGACGCGUCAGGACGUUCUCGAGGAGGUGAUCCAUUUAAUUUUAACGCCGAGCGAAGACUUGCCAGAGACUGGUAAUUCCAAUCACCAGAGCGUCGACCAAUUGUACUGGGAAGCGGAGCGAUUGGGAAGAACCGGAGGCGACUGCAUCUUGGCCUAUCCCGAUUGCAUCGAGUCACCCCUCGAAGCGUUCACGGAGGUUGCAACCCCUUAAGGGACGAGGGACGUUUUUGAAACGACAACUCGAGCCGUGUUGAUUUCGUGAUUCCGUCGAUAACCGAUCGUAUUCCCGUAUCGUUUAUCGUCUCGAACCGCCAUCGACGGUUGCCAG